AUGGCCCCCAAGAAAUCUGCCAUCAAGAGUAAAAAAACCGGUAAGGGCGUUGCAAAAGCCAACGCUAAAGCUGUCGCAAAGCCGCCCGCUAAAGCACCUGUCAAGGCAACUGCCAAGGCACCUGUUAAGACUGCGGGCAAGCAUCCAGUUGUGAAGGCCAAGGGUAAGAUGUCUAUCGGCGUCAAGAAAGAGGAGUCGGAAGCCUCCAAAAGCUAUAAGGAGUUGAUAACGGAGGCGCUGUUGGCGUUAAAGGAGCGCAAGGGCUCGAGCCGUCCAGCGUUGAAGAAGUACAUCAAGGAUAAGUAUCCGAAGAUUGGAAGCUCUACGAAUUUUGACCUGUAUUUCAACAACGCUAUAAAGAAGGGAGUUGAAACUAAAGACUUUGACCAGCCAAGGGGGCCAUCCGGCACGCUCAAACUUGUGAAAAAAUCUGCAGCACCUGCAGCGGGAACUGCGGGAACGCCAUCACCCUCUGCUAAUACCGCGACCGCCGCCAAUGGUAAGUCUGCCAAUGGCGUUAAGAAAACUCAUGAAAAGGUGAAGCAAGCCAAAAAAGCACCAUCUCCAAUUGCUAAUCCUACCUACAGGGAUAUGAUUCUUGCAGGGCUUUUGAAAUUGAACGACGGGAAGGGGUCAAGCCGCAUAGCUUUGAAAAAGUUCGUGAAAGAUCAAUUUUUCCCUUCUUCAAAGGCUACUUCCAAUUUCGAUCACCUGUUCAAUUCGGCCAUCAAGAAAGGUGUCGAAACUGGAGCGUUUGCUCAACCUAAAGGACCCUCUGGCCUCUUGAAAAAGGGAAAGGGCAAACCAAUAAUGCAAAAGAUAACUGCUUAG